GGCACCGGCGCCGCGUGACGCAGCCGGUGGGCAGGGACCGGCCGGGCUGCCGCGAUGGCCGGAGCUCAGGACCUGUUCGACCCCAUCGUGAUGGCGGAUGACAGGUUUCACGGGGAAGGGUAUCAGGAAGGCUAUGAAGAAGGCAGUAGUUUGGGUAUCAUUGAAGGAAGACAACAUGGCACAUUACAUGGAGCGAAAAUCGGGUCUGAGAUCGGGUGCUACCAAGGUUUCGCGUUUGCUUGGAGAUACCUCCUGAACGGUUGUGCGGCCGAGAGAGACAGCAGGAAGAUGAAGGUCUUAGAGUCGUUGAUUGGCAUGAUCCAGAAGUUCCCUUACGACGACCCCACUUACGCCGCACUUCACGAAGACCUAGACAGAAUCAGAGGAAAGUUUAAACAGCUUUGUUCAUUACUGAAUGUUCAGCCGGACUUUAAAAUUAGUACAGAAGGUUCUGGACUUUCAUUUUGAGGAUGACAGAUGAACAAAGACGAAACAUGAAGGACAGAUGUCUGUAUGUUAAGUGUCUAAAACUGAUCAGAGGACAGUGAUGGGGCUGCAGGGAGGGUUCCUGGUCGCCGGUCGCCCGUGCCCUCUGCGCAGGCCUGUGCUUUGUUGCCCGCCCCACAGUCUGCACCAGGCCCUGGCAGAGCCCGCCCGGCUCACGUCUGCCUGUGGUCCCGGCCUCACCGUCCCUGCCCCAUGGGCUCUGGGCGGACUCCCCGAGCCUGGACUCGGCAUUCAGGGACGGUUUGACAGAGAACGAAAGCAGGGUUGCCUGGCAGUAAGCGGACAAGAGUAGUGACAGUGCGGUGACGUUUGCUGGCUUUAAGAUGGGCCAGCGCUGUGUGGCCUGCCUCCUGUUGCUGCAUCCCUUCUGUAGCCCACGAGGGGUGGCUUUCCCCUGUCCGGGUCAGGGAACAGACCUGAGGGCACCUGGCUGGGAGAGAGGCCAGCUGGACUUAGGGAGCUCGGACAUACUCAUCGCUGCGGGUGGGGCUGGGGCUUUGCAGCAUUAAAGAUGGUAGAAGGGGCCCGGCUGGUGUGGCUCAGUGGUUGAACGUUGACCCUGCACCAAGAGGUC